UUUACUAACCAAUAUUUGUUCUCAUUUUUCAUGUGUAAUGUUGAGAGAGAUGUAGAGAGAAAGAAGACAAAAACAGAACCAGAGAAGGAGGAAGGAGAGGUAAAGAUACAGCAUUUGACAUUUGUGUGUUAAUAGCAAAAACUUUAGUUCUAUAUUAGUUACACUUUCCUAAAAUAAAUUUUACCUGGAUAAUCAAUAAUUAAAUUAUAAAAAUCAAUUAAAAAGAAUUAGAAAACAAAGAAAGAGAUCCAAUUUAAAAUACAGUAAGAAAAUGAAAAUCAGUACACCAAAUAUAAUUCAAAUAUAUGUUUCUUUAGUAAAUGGAAAAAAGUUAAAAGUGACAGGUUGAUUCAAAGCUCUGAGAAAGCAGAUACAAAUUUUAUGUUAAAUUGUAAUAUACUUAAAAAUUAUUUUAGGAUUUAUUUUCCGCAUCGUAUCAAGCAAAACCUGGAAAUAAUCUGUGUGUCCAACAACAAAAUAAAUAGGGUAUACUGAGAGCAUAAUGGUGGUAUAUUUGGACCCUUAGUCAGAAAGACAUAUAUUUGAAACCCGCCUGUAUUUUAGACCAGACUCCUAAUAUGAUAUUCCGUACAUAAGCAGCAAACUCUGUAAAAAAUAUUAAGGUACAAAAACACCAUUUAUAGAAAUGGUAAAAUAGAUUUUUUUUUUCUCUUAUUCCUCAUCUAGAUGCCCUGAAGAAACACAUGGCUCAGAUAAAUUGCACCCAGGUGACAGAGUUUAUUCUUGUGGGCCUCACAGAUCACCAGGAGUUGAAGAUGCCCCUCUUUAUGGUAUUCUUAUCCAUCUACCUUUUCACAGUAGUAGGCAACCUGGGAUUGAUCCUAGUCAUUAGAGCAGAUGCAAGACUCAACACACCAAUGUACUUCUUUCUUAGCCAUCUGGCUUUUGUCGAUUUCUGUUACUCUUCUGUCAUCACACCCAAAAUGCUUGCAAAUUUCUUGUACCAACAAAAUGUCAUCUCCUUCAAUGCAUGUGCUGCUCAAUUAGGCUGCUUCCUUACACUCAUGGUAUCAGAAUGCUUGCUACUGGCCUCCAUGGCCUAUGAUCGAUACGUGGCUAUUUGUAACCCUCUCCUGUAUAUGAUCACAAUGUCCCCAGGAACCUGCCUUCAGCUUGUAGCUGUCCCCUAUAGCUAUAGCUUCCUGUUGGCCCUGUGUCAUACCAUCCUCACCUUUCGUCUCUCCUAUUGCCAUUCCAAUAUCAUCAAUCAUUUCUACUGUGAUGACAUGCCUCUCCUCAGGCUGACUUGCUCAGACACUCACACCAAACAACUAUGGAUUUUGGUCUGUGCUGGUAUCACAUUAAUUUUCUCUGUAUUGAUCAUUUGUGUCUCCUACAUGUUCAUCAUUUCUGCCAUCCUGAAGAUGCACUCAGCUGAGGGCAGGCACAAAGCCUUCUCCACAUGCAGUUCCCACAUGUUGGCAGUAACCAUAUUCUAUGGGACUCUGAUCUUUAUGUACCUACAACCAAGCUCAAAACAUUCUCUUGAUACAGACAAGAUGGCCUCUGUCUUCUAUACAGUAAUCAUUCCAAUGUUGAACCCCUUGAUCUAUAGCCUCCGAAACAAGGGUGUGAAAGAUGCCCUAAAGAAUGUCAUCAUUAAUAGAAACCAGGCACUUGUAUUCACGAGAUUAAGAAAAUAA